AUGCGCAUCUCUAGUCUACCCCUUCUUUUACAUACUUUACUUCUUUCCUUACCACUCACAGAAGCAGCCUCGACACCCAAGCACCAGCCUUGGCACGAUGAUUCCCCAGUCUCGGUGAACACCAGCCCGAUUGGCAAGAUCCAAACCCGACCAACCGUCGUAUACAAACCUCGAUCUCUUGACAAGUUUCAUGAGAAACGACGAAAGGGACGAACAGCGUCGCCGUUUGGUGAUCCUGACGAACUGGAGUGGGAUGCUGUAGAGGUUUUGGGGCCGAAUGUCGAGGACAGACACACUUUGGCGCAGCUAGCUCGGAUGGCCGGGAAUGCGUAUUCUCUUGGUCCGGGUCGCCAUAACUGGUAUGAAGUGGAUGAUGCUUGGUCGAUAAGCUUCCCGUUCGGCUGGGAGGACGAGGACGGUUUCCGAGGACACGUCUUUACCUCCUUGGACAAUAACACCGUCAUUCUCUCUAUCAAGGGUACAACUCUCCAAGGACCAACAUCCAAGUUGGACAAAUUCAAUGAUAAUCUAUUGUUUUCUUGCUGCUGCGGCUACGUCUCUGGAGUCGUCGUUAUCAAGCACCCAUGCAACUGCUACGCCAGCGGACUGCGCUGCGAUAACCGAUGUCUAACAGACGCCCUCGUACAAGAGAGUUUGUUCUACUCCAUCGGGACGAAACUCGUAGACGACCUAUUCAGGAUCUACCCAACGGCCAACGUCUGGCUAGUCGGCCACUCCCUCGGGGGCGCCCUCGCAAGUCUCCUCGGGGUAACCUACGGCCUCCCAGCCGUCGCCUUUGAGUCCCCAGGCGAGCGCCUCGCAGCCUACCGCCUCCAACUCCCCAUCCCUCCCCCAGCCUCCUCCAACAGCACCCAAGAUCUUAACCUCCGCUUCCCCACCCCGCGUCCACCCCGCCCGCCACCAUCCAAGUCCCCCCUGGCCUCGUACAUAACGCACGUAUACCACACCGCCGACCCCAUCCCCUUCGGCACCUGCUCAGGCCUCUACUCAGCCUGCGCCACCGCCGGCUACGCGCUCGAAACGCGAUGCCACCUCGGGAAGAGCAUCAUCCUCGACACCGUGAACCGCCUGCACUGGCUCGUCGACGUGCGGAAGCAUGUCAUUAAAGAGGUGGUCAAGUUGCUGGAUAGUCCUGAGACUGGCGGGAAGGAGAUUGAUUGGGGCGAUGAGGGCGAGUUUCCGGAGGAUCCGGGUCCUGGUGAGCCCCCUGGCGACCCGUGGUUUGUGGAUAAUGGUCUGGCGAGUAGGGGUGGGUUGGUGGAGGUGGUUGUGAAGGGUGUGAGGGCUUUGACUGAUUGGAGGGGCUGGACUGUGGAUUUGGUUAAAGGUCGGUGGGGUCCUGGAAUCCCAGGUAGGAAGAAGAAGAAGAGGAGCGAGGAGGAGGAGGGACCUAAGUAUAGCAACCGGGUGCCUAAACCAGUUAUCGAAGCGGAUUGUGUUGAGUGCCACAAGUGGGAGUUUGGCGAUUUUAAAGACGACUGGGGCUAACCCUCUCGUCUCCAUACAUGCACUUGAAGUAGAAGAGCCUUUUCACGAACAGUUUUCACGAGUCUCAUCAGUUGCGAUUCCAUACGUUGUCCUAAAGUUGUAUUAUUAGUCAAUUAUCGAUGCUAUCCGUCCAACACAUAAAUUCAUCCACGUUCUAUCGUCAAUAAAUACGAUCUAACAAAGUCCAAUCUCUAGACCAGCUUAGUUCGGCAACUCGGACGAGCGUGCCCUCUUCCCCGAACCCACACCACCAACCAAAACACCCUGCACAUACACCCUCUCAAUGUUCCUAUCAUCCCCACAGAACAAAAACCUCUCCAACCGCUCCUCCAGCCUCUUUCUCGCCUUCACAUUCUCGUCCUCCUCCGCCUCCACAGCACCCGAGUCCACGUUCUCGUUCAGGCCCCACAAUCCAAUAGACCUUGAGGAGGGCGAGACGAGGAGCGCAUCGAACGCCUUACCGGGUUCGAAACUUCCGAUGUGGGAGUCUAGUUUGCA